AUGCGUCUAUCUCUCCGAGUACCGGCCAUUCUCGUGACGGCAGCGGGCGCAGCAUUGCUAGCAUACAAGGCACGGCGGUUUGUGCCGACGACGACGACCGUGAGCGCGUUUCUGUCGACGAGCAGCUGGACGGCAAACGUGAACAGAAUCAACGAAACGGACAAGUUCAGCAUGGCACGGGCAGCCGUGGUGGCGCUCUCGCAUGGUGGCGGGCCGAUGCCGGUGCUGGGGGACCCAGACUCUCAGGCGCUGGCGGGGAGUAUGCGGACGCGGGUGCCGGCGAUUCUGGGGCUGGAAGACGCCGCUCGACGGCCACGAGCGAUCGUGCUGGUAACGGCGCACUGGUCAACGACGAAGCCGACCAUUUCGGCGGGACCGAUGCACAAGCUGCUGUACGACUACGGCGGCUUCCCCGAAGAGGCGUACAGUCUGCGCUACGAUGCGCCUGGGUCGCCCGAGGUGGCCGGUCGCGUGGCUGAGCUGCUGCGUGGCGCUGGCUUCGACCCGCAGCUUGACCUGACCCGUGGCUGGGACCAUGGCGUGUUCGUGCCGCUGCUGCUGGUGCGCCCACAGGCCGACAUCCCCGUCGUCCAGCUGAGUGUGCUGCGCAGCGAGGACCCGGCCCAGCACUUUGCCAUGGGUCGCGCCUUGGCUGCCCUCCGCGACGAGAACAUUGCCAUUGUCGGGUCCGGCUUUGCCAGCUUCCACAACCUCCGCCUCAUGUUCAGCGGCCUCACCCACGAUCCUACCCUCCACGCUCGCCUAUCUGUGUGGAACGACGCCGUGUCAGCUGCGGCCGCCGUCCCCGACGCCGGCGAGCGUGACGCCCGCUUUCGCCAGUGGCGCACUUGGCCCGACUCCUACAUCGCCCACCCCAACGGUGGCGCCGAGCACUUCUUGCCGCUCAUCGUCUGCGCCGGCGCUGCUGGCGACGUCGCCGCAAAGUCCUACGCCGAUGACUAUCUUGGCCUGAACAUCCACUCGUACUACUGGGACUGA